AUGGAGCGCAUGAGGGCCUCUCGACCACGUUACAAAGACCAUGAUCGGCGGAAGCAGCCUUCAGACCGAGCCUCUAUCAAGCAUCUUGUCCCUGCUCCUGAUCUUCGGAAAAGGCAAGACCCACGAAACCGCGUGCUGUUGAUCACAGAUCUGCCGACUGAGGCCGACAACGAUGCUAUUGGAGGUAACUGGAUGAUUUCUGCGCUUGUUCUCAUGCAAAAUACUAAGGGCCGUGGUUGGGCUGUUAAGAAUUUGAGUGGCGGGAUAAUCCAGGGACAGAGUGUAACUGUGCAAAUCUUCAGAAAUCUGACCCAAGACGUUCUCGAUCGUAUCAUGAAUCCAGAAGCUUCUGUGCCAGAUGCCAACGCCAACUCUCCGGAGCGACCUAGAAUCGCCAGAUCGACAGUUCCUCUAACUGCGAAGGCUCUGUACGUGCCUUUCGGGUCUCCACCUGCUCAAGCACCGGUUGCCUCAGCCCUAUCAACUCCAUACUUACCGUUCGGAUCUUCAAACCCUCUUCCAGCCGCUUCGGCUACCCCAAAGCCUUCGACCAUAGCAUCCAUUAUCGGAGACAAGACUCUGAAUCAGCAAUCGCCUCAAGCAGCCUCUGAUCGGACUCAUGAAGAUACCUGGGGCCGACGAGACCAGAUUGCGGCUGGCAACUAG